CUCAAGUCCAACAAGAGAAAGUGAGUACCACAACCCUCUAGCUCUUCUUCUUUACAGCCUUUUUCAGCCACCUCCUUCCCCCACGCCAAAGUGCCAGCUUUCUUUGAAGAGACCCAGGUCAUCACCCUCCAGCAGGAUGAAGGCUGCUCUCCUCCUUUCCUUCCUUCUCCCCUUCUUUGGGCUCUUGGCCUUGGGGAGCACUCAGUGGAUCCUGGACACGGACGUGAUCGAGAAGAUCCAAGAGAGAGUCAACUCCCUCGUGUCGUCUGCUCUUAAGGACCUCAGCCUUGUCUGCACCAGUGUCUUUACCCAAGGAGCCCUGGUGGCCUGCCCUUCAGGUUACAAAGCUACGGCCUGUUCCUGUGGCUCGGCUUGUGGCUCGUGGGACAUCCGCUCAGACACCGUGUGCCACUGUCAGUGCAGGGGGAUCGACUGGACCUCUGCCCGCUGCUGCCAGAUAAGGACCGCCUGAGGCCCAGACUCUGGGUCCCUGGAGGCAAGGGGAGAAAUAAACAGGCAUACUCUGGCA